AUGUCUACAAUCUCUAAAGUUGUUCUAGGCGUUUCUGUGAUACUUACAGUCAGCACCGUUGCAGGAGUGCAUCUCAAGCAAAACUGGGACCAAGAGGUAAACAAUUAGAUAGCUAGCCUGCGGACCAGCUCAAUUACUGUACACUCCAAUUCCUAGAUAACAUUAGCUAGCUAACUAGCCAUAUGUCAUAGUAUGGUGCAAUGUUUCCCAUGCAAAAGUCCGUUGCAACUUAGCUACAUUGAGAAAGUUGUAAGCAGAAACAUUACCUUUAGCUUAGCUAACUUUAGCUAACUAGAGUUAGCAUCUGCAUGCUUUUCUGCUAGCAGACAGCUAACGGUAGCUAGCUAGCAACAACACCUCUAGCCAUAAUUUUAGACAGAGCAGCUCUUACAGUGGCCGUUUUGUUUGUCCAUCAGAAACUUCAUGAGGGAGUACUUAGAGACAUUGAACGUUUGGAGAGGAAGAGCGAGAACCUGCGAGUGCUCGAACAACAAAGAAGUCUGACCAAGGAGCUCAAGGCAGAGCGCGACAGGAGAGAAUUGGGGCGACAGGACUCCGACCAACCCCAGGCAUAA